AUGAAGAUUGAAGUUGUGUGUAAAGAAGUGAUUAGGCCUUCUUCCCCAACACCCACACAUCUGAGAGACUUCAAACUCUCUUUCAUUGAUGAGAGAAUUCCUCAUUUUCACGGCCCAUUAAUUAUUUACUACAGUUUGAACGAAAACGAAAAGAUGAAGCAGCAGCAGCAGGAGAUGGUUGGUCGACUAAAGAGUUCAUUAUCAGAUGCUUUAGUAAAGUUCUACCCCUUGGCUGGGAGGAUGAAAGGCCAGAUUUUCGUCGACUGCAACGACGACGGAAUCUUGUACGUCGAAGCUGAAGCCGACGGCAGAAUCUUGGACAUCAUUAAAUCCGAUCCCCAAUCAGGGCUUCUGGACAAGCUUACCCCUUUUAUCACCACUGGCACUCUUUCUACUGUUGAAGAGCCAUUAGCAGUUCAGAUAACCUCAUUUAUCUGCGGCGGAAUCGCGUUGGGGAUGUGCAUUUCCCACAGAAUCGCCGAUCACCACAGCCUCAGCUCCUUCACCAAAUGCUGGGCGGCCAUCGCCCGUCGCGAUCACUCCCAACCGAUCUCCCCCGUCUUCAACUCCGCCGCCCUCUUCCCGCCGCGCAACACGCCCGAUUUCCGCCCAAACUUCACCAGUCCAUCGGUGCACCCUUUAGCCCCAAAACUCGCGAUGAAAGCCUUCCUCUUCGCCCCCGCCGCAGUCAACGCGCUCAAGUCUCAGAUCACGAACAUCGCGAACCCCAGCCGAGUCGAGGCCGUGACGGCGUUCCUGUGGAGCCGCUGCGCCGCCGCCUGCAGAUCCGACCUCUCCGUCGCGUGCCACCCCGUCAACAUCAGGGGGAAGGUUCCGGAUCUGCGGGAGCACUCGUUCGGAAAUCUGUUCCAGAUGAUCUUCGCGGAGAACUGCCGCCACGGCGGCGGGACGAGCUGGAUCGAGCUGGCGGGGAAGCUGAGAGCCGCGUUCGGCGCGCUCGACGACGGAUACGUGGCGCGGCUCCUGGGCGAGAGAGGGCACGAGCUGGCGAAGGAGAAUUUCAUGGAGAUCAGCAAACAUUUAGCGCGGGAAAAUGUGGAGGUGUUUAGGUUUAGUAGCCUGUGCAGGUUUCCGGUGUACGAGGCGGAUUUCGGAUGGGGGAAGCCGGCUUGGGUGAGCUACGCCGGCGCGCCGAAUAAGAACUGCGUGUUUCUGUUUGAGAGCGUGGAUAUGCGCGGAGGAGUCGAGGCGUGGGUUGUGAUGACUCGUCAAGCUAUGGAGAGGCUUCAAGGAGAUGUGGAAUUUCUGCGUUUCACUUCGGCUUUUGCUCGAUGUGAUCGCAGCCGUUUGUAGCCUUUUCAAGUUCAUUUUGAUGUUGUGUGGAAUGGAAUCAUCGCAUUUCUGUACUGCAAAUUAUGUGAAUGAUUUUUCGUUUGCAGAUUUGGGUACCAAAGUUUACUUGAUAAUUGGAAGCGUUCGGACAAAUAAAUGUAAGUUGAUUAA